UUUCCAUAAAUAAUUAUUUGGAACAGAGUUGGCUACUCCGUUUCAUUAGAAAUUAAAGCUUAAACGGAGUAAGCUACUCCGGUUGGCAUUUUAUGGGAAACUGUAUAUUUUGUUUACAAGGAACCCCUAACACCAAUUCAAACUACCUGCUGUCGAAAGUUCGAAACCAGAAAAUUGUUGUUUUAGAUUCUCACAAUCCCACGUGUUCCGUCACUGCUCGGUUCUCCGGGACAUCCAGUCUAGACCAACCGGCCGAUGGCAAGGGACGAUGAAUCAUGGUCUUUGCCAAGCGUCCUAGAUCUCACCAGCUUCCAGCUUCAUGAUCUAGACGACGUUGAACUUCCCCCUAGUCUCUCCGAGUUGGACUUGACAGCAAACCGUUUGUCGGCUAUAGACUCUAGGAUAUCCCUGCUAUCGAAUAUGAAGAAGUUGUCCCUGCGUCAAAAUCUCAUUACCGAUGAAGCCAUCAAGCCUCUAGGGUCAUGGCAAACGAUUUCUGAACUCGAGGAGCUAGUGCUAAGGGAUAAUCAGCUGAAGAAACUUCCAGAUGUUAGCAUAUUUAAGAAACUUCUGGUAUUUGAUGUUUCAUACAAUGGGAUCCCAUCACUCAGUGGAUUGUCCAAGGUCUCCAGUACAUUGAAAGAACUUUAUGUCUCUAAUAAUGAAGUUACAAAGAUGGAAGAGAUUGAACACUUUCAAGAGCUGAAUAUUCUUGAGCUUGGAUCAAACAGAUUACGGGUUAUGGAGAAUUUGCAAAAUCUGAUAAAUCUACAAGAACUAUGGCUUGGCCGCAACCGUAUUCGAGCUAUCAAUCUAUGUGGCUUGAAAUGCAUUAAAAAGAUUAGCAUCCAGAGUAACCGUUUGACGUCAAUGAUUGGAUUGGAGGACUGUGUUGCUCUUGAAGAGUUAUAUCUGAGCCAUAAUGGUUUUGAAAAAAUGGAAGGCUUAUCAACCCUGGUAAACCUUCGGGUCUUGGAUGUAUCAGCAAACAAACUUACUGCAAUUACUGGCAUUGAAAACCUAACGAGCUUAGAAGAUCUCUGGCUGAAUGACAACAAUGUAUCAUCUCUUGAAGGCAUAACCGAUGCAGUUAGUGGUUCACGAAAAAAGCUGACUACUCUUUAUCUUGAGCGCAAUCCAUGUGCAAAUUCUCCAGACUACAUCACUACUUUGAGACAAGUUUUCCCCAACAUUCAACAGAUAGACUCGGAACUAUUUGCAUAAGCCAAAUGAAACAAUGUCAAUUCUAAUCUAACAGCAGAUGAAACGGUGAGACCCCUUAACUGAUGUGUGAUUCCCGGCAUCAUCGCUUUCAAACUUGCUGCUCGACAGGAUUUUUUUAUUUCGAGUUAUGGAGUCAUACUCUUGCACACUUUUGAUUUUUUUAAGCUACACUUACGAAAGUUAUUUAUGGUUUAAAAUGUUCAAGUUAUCUUGUAUUCUUUCAAUAGUCUAUGAGAAUUAAUAUAAUCUCAGGUGUAUGCUUGAUCUAGUAUCUCCUAGGGAUUAAAUGAUUAAUCACAAG